CGGAAGUGAUGUCGCGCUCGAUAAGGAGGCUUGUAUAGACAGCGGAGAAGGGGAGGACGGGAAGGAUGGUGGACUGAUCGAAGGGUUGUUUUGUACGGAAGGUACACAGGGCCCUUCGGAAGGGAUGGAUUCUCUCUUGGCCUCGGCCAGCCGCUCCGAGGAUGAGGACUCGUCUACCGGACACAAGAGGAGCCUCUCUCAGGGGUCCGGCCUCAUCCCCAAGAGGAGGAGCUCGUCCAGAUUUAUUAAGCGAAAGAAGUUUGAUGAUGAAUUGGUGGAGAGCAGUCUUGCUAAAUCUACUAGUCGGGCACGUGGGCCCAGUGGAGGAGAGCCAGGGCGAUGUUCAGGCAGCGAACCUUCAUCUAAUGAGAAGAAGAAGCAAGUUUGUAAGACUGUUACCACACCAGCUCCACCAUCUCCUACUCCAAGUCCUAGCAUUACUAAACGGAUAAAGAAGAGUAAGCAGCCUCUGCAGGUCACCAAGGAUCUAGGAAGAUGGAAACCAGCUGAUGAUCUCCUACUUAUUAACACCGUGCUACAGACUAAUGAUCUACAGUCUGUGCACCUUGGAGUCAAGUUCAGCUGUCGUUUCACACUGAGUGAAAUACAGGAGCGAUGGUAUGCUCUGCUCUAUGACCCCGUCAUCUCCAAGCUAGCAUGUCAGGCAAUUCGACAGUUACACCCAGAAGCCAUUGCUGCCAUCCAGAGCAAGGUUCUGUUCAGUAAAGCAGAAGAGCAGUUGCUGAGUACAGUGAGCUCUAGCUCACAGCCCACACUGGAGAUCUUUCAGGAUUUAUUGACCAAACAUCCAGAUGUUUUCUAUUUGUCACGUACAGCUAAGUCCCUGCAGGUCCAUUGGCAGCUUAUGAAGCAAUACUAUCUUCUAGACGACCAGACAGUUCAACCAUUACCCAAAGGAGAUCAAGUGCUAAACUUUUCUGAUGCAGAAGAUAUGCUGGAUGACACCAAACUUAGAGACACCCGAGAUGAAGUUUUAGAACAUGAGCUGACUGUAGCUGAUCGUCGUCAGAAAAGAGAGAUCCGUCAGCUGGAACAAGAGCUACAUCGGUGGCAGGUUCUUGUGGACAGCAUUACUGGAAUGAGCUCUCCGGACUUUGAUACUCAAACACUGGCAGUAUUACGAGGGCGCAUGGUGCGGUAUUUGAUGAGAUCUCGGGAGAUAACACUUGGGAGAGCCACAAAGGACAACCAGAUUGAUGUGGACCUGUCACUGGAAGGCCCGGCUUGGAAGAUUUCCCGUAAGCAAGGGGUCAUCAAACUAAAAAACAAUGGAGACUUUUUCAUCGCAAAUGAGGGAAGACGAGCUCUGUACAUUGAUGGUCGGCCUGUGCUACCAGGAAACAAGUGGAAGCUAAGUCACAACUCUGUAGUAGAGAUAUCUGGCCUCCGCUUUGUGUUCCUUAUCAAUCAAGAUCUCAUAGCCCUCAUUAAAGCAGAAGCAGCUAAAAUGAUCCAGUCUUGAAAGCGGUGUCCUGUGCUGAGACAUGAAGACACGGGAACCCGAUGACUUGCGUAUUUAUACAAUCUUGCAUCCUUCUGUGGAACGUGAACUAGAUCCUGAGGCCAGCAGAGCUCUGACAGAGAACUCAUUGUUACAAAGAGGUUCCAUCCAGCAUUCUGGGUCGCCUUGUGUCUAGCUUGUAAAAUAUAAAUAUUGCAGUUUGUGAUAUAUACCAGAAGGUAUUUUCUGUUUAUUUUUGUUUGUUUUGCUGUCAUUUAAUGUGAGUUUUUCUUACCCUCUCCAUGCUUGUAUAAAAUGGACCAUGAUUUGUAAAAAAAAAAAUAUUGUGCUGUGGGUUUUUUUUUUAUAUUGAGACAUUUGUUAGUUGAGAUCAAUU